AUGACGGGAGAGACUCUGCUUUCGAAGUACAUUACAAUUUUCUUUGUAGUUACUGGUUAUUGGAUCGUUUCAAUAACUACAGUUUUCGUGAAUAAAACUCUACUGAGCCACAUUGAUUUGGAUGCUCCUAUGUUCAUAAAUUUUACCCAAACUUUAAUCACCGUACUCAUUUGUUACGGGAAAAAGAGAUUGAGUAACGUCUAUCCGAAUAGGUUUAAAUUUCCCGAUGUUGACGUAUGGGACACGUAUACACUAAGAGCUGUUUUACCUCUAUCUCUUCUUUUUACUUCGAUGAUAUCGACCAACAACUUGUGCUUAAAAUACGCUUCGGUGGCGUAUUAUUACAUAGGAAGAUCUCUUACGACCAUAUUUAAUGUAGUUUUUACAUUUUUAAUAUUAGGAGAGACGACUUCGAAAAGAUGCAUCGCUUGUUGCAUUGUAAUUAUCAGUGGAUUUUGGUUAGGAGUGGAUCAAGAAAAUUUGGCCGGAAGUUUAUCUAUACCGGGUUUUAUAUUCGGAAUUCUCGGCUCUUUAUCUCUCUCGUUGUUCUCCAUAUACACGAAGAAAGUUUUACCGAAAGUAAAUGGAGAAAUAUGGGCGUUGUCUUACGCUAAUAACGUUUAUGCAACGAUCCUUUUGCUUCCCCUUAUGGUGGUUAAUGGGGAAAUUGGCCAGUUGUAUCAUUAUAGCAGGUUUACUGAGGUGUUCUUUUGGGGCAUUAUCCUGGCCGGCGGUAUUUGUGGAUUCACCAUUGGAUUUUUCACGUCUCUACAAAUUAAAUAUACCUCUGCUCUGACCCAUAACAUAUCCGGUACAGCUAAAGCCUGUGCUCAGACUGUUUUGGCUACGUAUUGGUAUCAGGAAGCGAAGUCUCUGCUCUGGUGGAGUUCGAACUUGAUAGUCUUGCUCGGAAGUGCAUGUUACACGUGGAUUAAGCAAAUCGAUAUGGAGAAAAGGCAUCGAUCGGAUAUUGUUUACCAAAGAGUGUAA